AGAGCUGGCUAUCACACUGCCUGAUUAGAAUAGCCACACGUUAAACUGUUCGUUUUAACAAUGGGGUGACUUUAAAUCAGCAAUACCUUCCUGCUUACUACAAAACACAACAUUUCACUGCAGGGAGGGUUCAACUUGAAGCGUCGAGCUAUACUUUUCCGGGGUCCGGAGGUGCCCAGAUGAUGCCUCUCUUUGUGGCUGAAUAACAAGAUGGCUCCCGUGCAGGAGAAGAAGCUCUUGGGCGCUGCCGGGGCGCCCGACACCCUUGAAAACACAAUUGAAGAUGAAGAGGGACAGAACCUAUGGUCUUCCAUUCUGAGCGAAGUAUCCACCCGCUCCUUGUCCAAGCUACCGUCAGGAAAAAACAUCUUGGUUUUUGGAGAAGAUGGCUCAGGAAAAACAACAAUUAUGGCAAAACUCCAAGGAGCUGAACACAACAAAAACGGGAGGGGACUUGAGUUUUUGUACUUGAUUGUCCAUGACGAGGACAGAGAUGAUCAGACCCGGUGUAACGUGUGGAUCCUGGACGGUGACCUGUAUCACAAAGGACUGCUAAAGUUUGCCGCCUCUGCGGAGUCACUGACGGACACCCUGGCGGUUUUCGUGGCAGACAUGUCGCGGCCGUGGACCAUCAUGGAGUCGAUACAGAAGUGGGCCAGUGUCCUGCGUGAACACAUUGACAAACUCAAGAUUCUGCCAGAGGAGAUGAGGCGGCUAGAGCAGGAAUUGGUGAAGCACUUCCAAGAGUAUGUAGAGCCAAAGGAGGCGUCGCAGGGGUCUCCACAGAGACGAGCACCCCCAGUAUCGGGGACAGAAGACGAGGAAGUUGUCUUGCCACUCGGAGAGAAUGUACUCACGCACAACCUGGGCAUUCCAGUGCUAGUAGUUUGCACAAAGUGUGACGCUGUCAGCGUGCUGGAAAAGGAGCAUGACUACAGAGAGGAGCACUUUGAUUUCAUCCAGUCCCACAUCCGACGGUUCUGCUUACAGUAUGGAGCUGCCUUGAUUUACACUUCAGUUAAAGAAGAAAAGAACCUAGACCUCCUUUAUAAAUACAUUGUUCACAAAAUGUAUGGUUUCCAGUUUACCACACCUGCCUUAGUGGUAGAGAAAGAUGCAGUUUUCAUCCCAUCUGGAUGGGACAAUGAGAAGAAAAUAGCUAUCUUGCAUGAAAAUUUCACAACGGUGAAACCUGAAGAUGCUUUUGAAGACUUUAUUGUAAAGCCUCCUGUAAGAAAGCUGGUGCAUGAUAAAGAAGUUGCUGCAGAAGAUGAGCAGGUUUUCCUUAUGAAGCAACAGUCCUUGUUAGCUAAGCAGCCUGCCACACCAACAAGAGCAAAUGAAUCUCCAGCAAGAGCUCCAACUGGCUCUCCUCGACCCUCAAGCCGCUCUGGACCUGCCAAUGUAGCCAGUGUCUCUCCAAUGACGGCCGUGAAAAAACCAGAUCCGAAUUUGAAAGGUGCUGCAGCGAAUGAGGGUGUGCUGGCUAACUUCUUCAACAGCUUACUGAGUAAAAAGACAGGCUCUCCUGGGAGCCCCAGCGCUGGAGGAGUGCAGAGCUCUGCCAAGAAAGCAGGGCAGAAGCCAGUUUUGACUGACGUUCAGGCGGAAUUGGAUAGAAUGACUCGCAAACCAGACUCCAUAUCGGCCAACGACACUUCCCCAACAGAGAAUGAAGACUGAGUGUACCUCCCGCAUUGUCCACUAAAAAAAUACGACCAAAUUGUAACUGUAUACAAGUCCAAAACAGACAAGGAUCUUGUCUAAUAUGGCAGAUGCCAAUUUUAUUUUUUUUUCGGAAAGUAUGGGAGCGGGUUAGGGCAAAGUUUUUACAGGGCAUCACCUACAUUUAAGGUGUAUCAGGUAAUGCAACGUGUGCGCUUACUGAAAGGUAGCAAAAUCCCUUGUGUCUGAAUGCCGUUUUAGCUUCUGAAAGCUCUUUAUACCCUCCCUGUGACCAGAAAACUGAUGUAGUUUUGUUGGCGCAAUGGCCCUUGUGGAAGAAAAUACUUAAAAAUAAAUAAAUAAGUAAAUAAAACUGGCCUAAAAUAUUUAACGUUUAAAAUAUCUGCAAAGUUAGUAAUAAUGUAAAGAAUAUAGAUACAUUAUGGAACAGUUUUUAUUUAUGUGUAAAUCCAACCGUUUUUAUUUUGUUUGUUUUUCAUUAAAGUGUUUUAAAGGAAAAGAAAGUUGAAUAGUUACACUAUUAAUCUCCAGUAACUUUGUGACACUAGGCAAACGGAUUGACUGAUGGCAUAUGAGGUUGAGCUGUACUAAAAGAGCAGGGAAGUAGUUUCUCUAAAUAUAAUUCAGAUAUUACAACAUUAACAAACUUUAAUUUUCUUCUGAAUAAAAAAAAAACAAUAAACACAAAUCAUGAGAAAUAUAUUAAAGAAACGAAAUACAUUGUAAUGUUUAUAAUGUUUAGAUUGUGUGAAGGAUAUUCAGUCUGCUGUUGACAGGAGGGUAUCUAUUACCUGCUAUAGCUACAAGUGCCUGGCACAGUUUACUGUAAGUGUCAUAGUAGGUGAUUGACUCAAAUGUGCACCGUAGUACAAACGGUCAUUUUUUUUCAAUUUUUUUUUUUUGCUGGAUCUAUUUUCCUUUUAUUUAUUUUUUGUUUUUAAAUACCAAUCCAGUGGCUUUUUUUUUUUUUUUUUUUUGGCCAAUACCAUUUUAAUGGUUUUUCAAUGGUGUCUUUUCUUUUAAGUGUAGUGAAGUUAACCAUAAAACACUCACUGCAGCAUUUUACUGUCAGAUGAGGACAUUCACUUUGUGAAAGGACUGUUGGAGUGACUGCAGGAUUAGUUCUGUGGGCUAACCGGGUCUUCAGCUCUUUAGGGUAUUAACCCAGCGUUCUAGGCUGAGUGGUAAAACAGUUAGCUGGAAUAGAAUUACCUGAAACAUAGCUUGACCUAAUAAGAUUUAGGUCAGUAACAGUGGAAAGAACAGAAUAUUAGGCCCAUGACAAUUUGGGGGGUUCUAUUUUCCUUCUAAAACAUAAUUUGAACUUUUAGUCGUAAUUUAAAUGAUGUAUUUUUCAUACUUGCAAAACCUGUCCCUUUAUUCUUCUGGAUACAGAUUGAUAUCAACAGAGGUGACUACAUUUUUGUCCAGGUAUAUGAAGGUCAGUUAAAACUGGUUAAACGUGGCACUCAUUAUAAACCUCCCCACUUUCUCACUUGGGUUAGAUGAUUGUAAAUGUCAUCGUGCUUGAAUCUAAAACUUUUUUUUUUUUUUUUGCUAUGGAUUCUAAUAAGUUUUACUGACACUGUAAAAUAUCAGAAUGUUUAGGAUUACAAAAAUAACCAUGUUGUGAAGGUGUCAAGCUGUUUUUAUACCGAUUCUCUUUGGGUGUAUGUGUGUGUAGUUUGCUAAAAAAUCUGUGGCAUCCGAAAAAAAAAUCACUAUAGGCAAAUCCUCCUUAUACUCUAUCUAGAUGCAAGAAUAGUUAAGUAUAUGAUUGAUUUUGGAGUCUUUCAUAAACUGCCCUAUGUUGUACAUCCACCCCCGCCCAGUCUGGAUUCUUGAGUCGGGUAAAGCAGCUGAAUGCUUUUUCAAUAAAAGGAAAUACAGUUCCUUAAAAGAAAAAAAAAAAGAAAAUUGGAACCUGGAACCAAAGACGUCUGAGUAGAAAUGGCCCAUCGUUUCAUCAAAUAGAAAUAUCUCUUGUCAAGAUCUGGAGUAGCCAUCAUUCCAAAUCUGAUUCUAUGGUUACAGAAAUGGCACAUGCAUUUAAUAUGUAAACACUACUGGUGUUGAAUUCUCUGUGUAAUAAUUUUGCUCUUAAGGGAAAACCACAAAUCAAGUUGUGCAGAGUCUGCUUUCUGUUGCAUGAACGAAUUUGUUGUACUAAAAGAAAAAGUCUGGAUCUAUUAUUUUGCAAAUGUAAGCAGUAAUGUAUACCGCUGAUGCUGGGCAUAACUUAGCCUAAUGUGUAAAGGCUGUCGCUUUAAGUCAAAAUACAAUUCUCAAGAAAGCUAGGAGUACUUACCUGCAUUUUAAAUGAACAGUCUCCUGAUUUAUCAAGCCAGCACUUGUAAUUUUACCCCAGAUUAAUUGUUUACAUUUUUCAUGUAAUAUUUAUCAAGAAUAUCCUGGCAUUUGCCAAUCAAUGUAUUUAAUCAGAUAUGUAUAACAGGUUAUUUUGUUAAAAUUGACUCUCCAUUUGUAUUCGAACCAAAACUGGAAUCUGUCUUGUUAAGCAUAUGGUCAUUUCUGCAUGUCCCAAGGAAUCAUAGAAAUAUUUGUUCUGUUUUAUAUAUUUUUUUCCCUUCAUCCUAUUCCAAGGGAUCACAUGUUGUGGUUAUGUUUAAAGGGGAGGGGGAUUAAGAAAUGUUAAUUGUCCUGCCAUCCCAGCAACCCCCUUGAGUGGAUGCUCCUGGUUAUUCAGUGGUUAAAACUGUCGAAUUUUUAUAUAUCAGUCCAUGAUCAUGCAUUACCAAAGUCUCACCAGCUUUGGAACACAGCACAGUUUGGUUACCGGUGUUUGGAAGCAUUAGAAACCAUAGUGCAAAAAAAUGUUAAGGCCUUUAACUUUCCAAGCUCAUAUAGGACGUUGUAAUUUGUAUCUACAGGGUUGUAAUUGCAUAGCAGACAGUAGUUCUGCUUAGCCCUGAAGUAAAUGCAGAUGCCUGUACAUUUUAAAAUCUGGUUUUUUUAUUUUUUUUUAUUUAAGAACAGCAUAAUUGUUCCCAAUGAAAGAUGAUUACUGUUAUGAAGAUCUGGCUAUAAUAAAGGAAGCUGUGUAUUUGGCAUAAACAUCAAAUAAAAACAACUUUCAUGCUGCUUGAAUUCAAAUUUGCACUUGAUUAUUAUUUUUAAUUGGCAUUGUACAAAAUAUUUUAUGAACAGACUUUGUAUAGAAUUGUAUUUAAUUUAACUAAGUUAAGUAACUGCUCUGUACACCAUAACCCUAACAAAUUAUACAUGCUUGUAAAAAAACAAAACAAAAAAAAAGAUUAAAGAAUAAAAAGGAUAGAAAACAAUAAUGCUUAGCUUAGUCUUUUUUUUAUAUACAGGAUUUUUUUUUCUUUGCUAGUUUUUUUUAUUUUUAUUAUUAUUAUACCAUUUAGGAAUGCAAGUGUACCCUGAACAUAUUAAAAGUCUGAUUUGUAUGGCUUUAACCAGAUGCAGUCAUGUGGAAUCUCGCUUCUAGUGCCGGCAAAGAUAAGAACACGUGUCUUAAGUGCUGGCUUCAAUAAACAUGAAUCCGGACUACA